AUGAGUAGUACCUGGGGACAAGGCGCUGACAGCGACUCAGAUGGUGGGCUGCGAGGUGAUGGAGUUGAUCCCGCACAAUAUCGCAAGGGCAACACAGGCACUGGCACUGGCGGUAAACCUCGUCAUGAUCCCACGCCCAGUCUCGCCUUUUUGAGAAGUCGCGCAGCAGCUAGACGACUUACAAAUUCAGCCGAAGCUAGCAAGGCCACACCUGGUGCCACUGGUUCUGCUUCCGCAAAGCCACAAAAGUUCAUGUCAGCCACGAGCAACAAAUACCACAAAGCGGUGUUUCCUAGCAUGAGAGUCCCUGUCCACAUGCGCGAGAUUGACAAGGGUGCCCGCCACGGACGCCAGUCCAACAGUGGUGUUACCAAAACCAAGGCUGAGUCUGUGCCUGUCAUGUCGGUACAAUGCCCCAUGCCUGGUGGUACAGUAGUUACCGAAACCACUGAUCCUGUGCAGAAGGUCAGCUGGGGUCCAAUCUCCAGGAUCGAAGCGAGCGAGGAAGCACGCGAGUUGAUCAGCCUCUGGCGUGAUGCCGUGAAAGACGCAAGGAAAACAAAGGCAAAAGGCAAAGGAGAGGAUGACAGCGACGACAGCGACCAACCAGACAAACCCAUGAAGACAAAGAAUGCAGACAAACGUGGCAAUGCUCCCAAAGUCGUCGCUGGCUUCCACGGCGGUGGAGGGUCUGGGUCUAAGGACCAGCAGAACACCUACGCCAACGACGACCUGACACCAGCAAAUGCCUCUCAAGCGGAAACUGAAGCGACCACAGACUCUCAACGCUCGCGUGGCUUCAUACAACCUCCACCUCCCACACCUCCCGACACCAUCUUCCACAAGACACACUCAGUGGCAGCAGCGCUGUCAAUGCCCACUCUUCCGAGUCUCCACCGCAUCUCUGAACCACAGCUUGUUGAACAGUACCGCCUUCAGCAUGCAACGGACCCGGAAGCCUUCGAAAAAGAAACCCGCGCCAUCAAGAAAGGACUUGUGGAUGCCAAGGUUGCGAGGGGUGGAAAACCGAGACUGUUGAAGAAUGAAUAUACCGUUGAGCUGGCUAGUCGUGAAGAUGCGGAAACCGCGGAGAAAUGGGUCAGAGACCAGGGCAGGACCUUCGGGAUCUCGGACGUGAGAAGCAGGGCGAACAGUACGUUCACGACAAGCGACGCAGCGUCCGGAUCUGAGGAACGAGCUUUGAAGAUGAGAGGUGGAGAAAUAGAGAUGGCAGAGUUGGCGACUGCCGAAAGUGAAGAGAAGGAGGGUGAAAAACAAGCAAAGGUCGAGGACACACCCAAGCAGAAGCACCCUGCAGCUGUUCAUGACCGCAAGGACCGCGCCAUAUCUGCAAACCCACAGAACAAGCAGAACAGAUCCCCACGCUCGGCCAAGUCUGCCAAAUACAGCCUGCUCAGAUCCAAGCCAACGCUCCGCAGCGUCAGAUCUCAAGUAUCUCGUCUCGACCUCUCAGAGCACGUGAGCAAAAUCACCACGUAUGGCACCGUGCGACAUCAGCACUCGGUCAAGCGAGAGGCCGGGGACCACGGCGAGAAACGCACAGUCAGAACGUGGAUCGAGGUAACCGAAGUUUAUGAGGUGCCGACGUCCAAGUCACUUACCUUCAAGGAUGUGGUGGCAGCAGUGGAUGAAGACGCGGAAGAUUGUGAUAGUGAUGGAGAGGGUUGGGAAAGUGAGAAUGAUGAUGGAUGGAGUGAGGAUAGUGGCGAGAGCGACAGUGACACGGCAAAACAGACGGGCAAGACGAAUCAUCACAAGUCAAACGCCAAGUCGCAGGGCAAACCCAGACCAUCGAUUGCCUCAAAGAGUCAAAAGGACGGGUACGAGUCAGACUCCAGCUCUGCAUCCGCUGCGUCCUCGACCACUUCUGAUUACGACAGUGCAUCCCAUCCUGCCGGCGUGCGCCUGUCAGGUCCAGACUACCAUGACCCCAGUGAGACCGAUUCCGAAGCACUCUUUCAUUCCCUCUCACGGUUUGGAGAGGUCAACGCGUCGAGCAUUUCGCAGGUGAGCCGCGAUUUGAGGGCAUUGAUGGCCGGUCUGAGGAUCAAUGGGAAAUUGAAUAUGCACGAGGCUUGA